AAACUAUAAACCCUAAUCCAAUUCCCAAAUUCUUCACCGACAAGCAUCCAUCAUUGGAGGCGGAAACUCUGGUUCUCUUCCCCUCACCGGAGCCACCGUCAUCCCUCACCGGAGCCACGUCCGUCCACCAUUCUUCACCGGAGCUACAAUUCUCCAUUUCUCUUCCCGACUCAUCACUCACCACCAUCUCAGCCAUGGCUGAAGAAGACUACAACAACGGCGCAACCAACGAAGCACCGAAGGAGAACACCAAGCGGAAGGGGAAGCACGACAAGCCGAAGCCAUGGGACGACGACCCCAACAUCGACCGGUGGAAGGUCGAGAAGUUCGAUCCUUCAUGGAACGAAGGCGGCAUGGUCGAAGUGAGUUCCUUCUCCACACUCUUCCCUCAGUAUCGCGAGAAGUAUCUUCAAGAAGCAUGGCCUCUCGUGAAAUCUUCUCUCAAAGAAUUCGGCGUCUCCUGCGAACUCAAUUUGGUUGAGGGUUCGAUGACGGUUUCGACUACCAGAAAGACUAGGGAUCCUUAUAUCAUUGUCAAAGCUAGGGAUCUUAUUAAGCUUCUUUCGCGAAGCGUUCCUGCUCCUCAGGCUAUAAAGAUACUUGAUGAUGAAGUGCAAUGUGACAUUAUUAAAAUUAGCGGGAUGGUUCGCAAUAAGGAGCGAUUUGUGAAAAGAAGGCAACACCUUGUGGGUCCCAAUUCUUCCACAUUGAAGGCUCUCGAAAUACUCACUGGCUGCUACAUUCUCGUCCAGGGAAACACUGUUUCUGCUAUGGGUUCAUUCAAAGGUUUGAAACAAGUCAGAAGGAUUGUUGAAGAAUGCAUGCUGAAUAAACUGCAUCCUGUUUACAGCAUUAAGAUUCUUAUGAUGAAGAAGGAACUUGAAAAGGAUCCAGCUCUUGCCCAAGAGAACUGGGAUAGAUUUCUUCCGAAGUUCAAGAAGAAAAAUGUUAAGCAAAAGAAGGUUAAAGCUAAAGAGAAGAAACCAUACACUCCUUUCCCUCCACCUCAACCGCUCAGUAAGGAAGAUGAGCAAUUGUUAACUGGAGAAUACUUUAUGAGUGACAAAAGGAAAUCAGCGAAGAAAUGGCAAGAGAGGCAGGAGAAGCAGGCAGAAAAAACUGCUGAAAACAAAAGAAAAAGAGACGAGGCCUUUAUCCCACCCAAGGAACCUGCAAAACCGCUGGAUAAAUCUGAGGAUGCUAAUGAUAAUGUAGCUGACAUGGCAAUGUCCUUAAAGAAAAAAGCGAAGAAGUUUGGGGAGCGCAAAUCGGGAGAAAAUGUAGAUGCUGAGGCUUACAUUAUGGGAUCAUCUGAACAAGCAUCAGGAAAGAAAUCCAAGAAGCAAAGGUCUUAAGCAUGAUCUUGAUUUUGGAGAUGGAAUAUGAGCAUUUCAUGUGAAUCCUAUCCAGAAAUUAUGUAUUCUAAACACUAAUGCAAGGAGGCAUUUUGUAUCUCUCUUGAACGUUUCAAUUAGACUAAAUGUACAAUUUUGCUGAAAACUUUCUCCAAUAUAGUUUGGCUGCAUGAGUUAUUAUCGUUGAUA